AAACUCCAUUAUUUACUUCGGUAAAGUGUUAUCAAGUCACCUGAAUCUGUUAAAAUGGCCAAACAGAAUGUUAAACGAGCUGGAACUAAGUAUUUUCAAGAAAAUGUCCAGAAAGCUGUUUUAAUGGUGAAUGAAGGCGUCCCUCUCCGGGUGGCUGCUAAACGCUUUGAGAUACCAAAAAGUACUCUCGAAGACCGAGUGAAGGGUCGAUAUAAGCAUCAACUUCUUGGAGCUCCAAAGGCUUUGUUGGAAGAAGAUGAAAUACGUAUUGUGAACUUUAUAAUUGAUAAGGCCAAAGCCGGUCAUCCCGUCGAUGAAAAAAGGGCAAUCGUUCAUGUGGCGGAAGUCGCUAAGAGCAUUGGAAAAGAAGCUGUUUUCAAAAAUGGGAUACCAUCUCGAGGAUGGUUUGCCCGUUUCAUGAAGCGUCAUCCAGAGCUGUCUAGAAGAACGGCAAAUAAUCUUUCAAAAACUCGUGUCGUUACCGAAUUAGAUGUGAGGAAAUGGUUCAAUGGAAUAAAGGAAUAUCUCGAAAAACAAGAUAAUUUCCAUAUCUUGAAUGAACCACAGAGGGUUUUCAAUAUGGAUGAAAUGAACGUGAAAACUAUACCGUACUUAUGGCAGCAUCUGCAGAUGGAAAUCUUGCGCCGCCGUUAA